CGAUAUAUUCGAAAUUCACCAGAUCAUGAGUCAAUGUGAACGUACUUGCCCACUUACUGAAGAUUUUGGUGGCUAUUAAUAAAUGCGCCACCCGACAAUUAUUUAAUCACUCGUCGCUCUCAUUCGUUUCAAUGUUUGAAGUUGUCAAUAUGUUUUCAAUUUGUUAGUCGAACAUGUCUCACAAGACUAAAAGUUAAAUAAACUUAAGUUCUUCCAAGAGGAUUCUCUGCUUCGACCAAAGUAAAAGAUGGCGGUGCCUGUUCGCAACAUAAAACUUAAUGUCUUUUUGGAGUUUUAAAUAUCACUUUCAACAUGAAUUAUACAAACUACAUUGCUGGUGGUCUUGCAUCGGUUGGAGCCACAAUCUUCACUAAUCCCCUUGACGUGAUUAAGACACGCAUCCAACUACAAGGGGAACUCACAGCCAGAGGAACCUAUGUUAAGCCUUAUAGAGGGACACUCCAAGCAUUCCUGACAGUAGCCGAAAAAGAUGGAGUGCUCGCUCUUCAGAAAGGACUAGUUCCUGCAAUAUGUUUUCAAUUUAUUUUGAAUUUCUUCAGAUUAGGCACGUUUUCGACUGCGGGAGAGAGGGGCUGGUGUACUGACCAACAAGGAAGGCCAUCCUUCUUGAGGGGAAUGUUUUGGGGUGCGGCAGGCGGUGCACUAGGUAGUUACAUUAGUAGUCCAUUUUCUCUCGUAAAAACUCGAAUGCAGGCACAAGCUGUAGAGAGUAUAGCUGUCGGACAUCAACACAAUCACGCCGGAAUGAUGAAUGCCUUCCGAGAUAUAUACAGCACUGACGGAGUAAAGGGAUUAUGGCGCGGAGCGGUAGCGGUCAUUCCAAAAGCAAUUCUGGCUAGUGGGAUACAAUUAGCUACUUUCACUACAACCAAAGACUUUUUAAAGCAUAACAAUUUGGUCACUAAUCCGACAUUCAAUUCCUUUAUAGGAGGAUUUGUUGCAGGUACAGCGAUGUCACUUGCGCUGACACCACCCGAGGUAAUCCUUACUCGCCUCUAUAACCAAGGAAUUAAUGAAAAAGGCCAGGGUCUUUAUUAUCGCGGUAUGAUUGAUUGCUUGUGGAAAAUUUGGAGUGUUGAAGGUAUCCAUGGGCUGUAUAAGGGAUUUUGGCCAAGUUACAUCCGUGUUGGACCCCAUUCGACGUUAGUAUUAGUUUUUUAUGAUAAGAUCAUAGCAGCAAAAGAUCGAUUUUGGAAUGAUAACGAAAAAUAAAAUAAAACGUUAGUAUGUUUU